AUGGCAAUAGCUGGUGUAAGUUUUGUUGGGAAUUCGACUUAUCCUAGGAUUCAGCAAACUCAUAUCUCAAAUCAAAGCAUCAGUUUUAAGCAGAUCAGCUUCCCAUGUCUCCAAAAAAACAUUAGAGUAAUCAAAACAUUGGAUUUUGAUGUUAAAAGGAACUUCAUUGUCUGUGGAAGUUCAAAAGUACCAGAAGAAGCUCCAUUGCCUUCUGAUGAAUCUGGUCAACGUCAACCAUUCAAUUUCUUGGAUGCAUGCAGCAGAAUUUGGAUUCUUGAAAUGGUGCUCAAAGCAGUUUUACCCUAUUUGAGCACCAAAUGCAGGAACUUAUUGGAAGCUAAAGUGGAAAUGGUAGAACGGUAUAUGGAUAUUGUGGAAAAGAUAGCAGAGGAAAUAGAGAAAAUUCUAAAGUAUAUUAUCAAGAGUCUUCCAGGAGAUGGAAUUCCCAAAAAAGUUAUGGAUUUUCUUGAAAUUUUGGCUGAAGAAAUAGCUAAGACUGCCCAAUUUUUCAAGAAUUUUCUUGAUGAGGUGUUGAAAGUAGAAAAACAGUUGGAGUCUCCUUCUGAAUCUCCGGUUGAUGAAAACUCAGUCUCUUCCAAGGAAACAAACUACGGCGAAUGA